AAAAUGGCUGCAGCUGGUUGGUAGUGAGAGUGACUUAUGUUUUAAAAAAGCUUUAGCAAAGCUCUAGGUAUUUGUUGUUAAAAUUAUUGUUACUCCACUAGCCAUGAAUAAAAUGGAUUCAACACUUACAAGUAUGUGGGUGAGUUUCUUCACGGCCGCGGGGAUCCCGUCGGACGUGUCGGCGUCGUACGCGCUGACAUUCGCGGAGAACCGUAUCCAGAACGACAUGCUGCUGGACCUGAACAAGGAGUAUUUGAGAGACAUGGGCAUUACUAGGAUGGGGGAUGUCAUUGCUAUACUACGACACGCAAAGCAGGUGCAUGAGAGCCUGGCACGGGACAAGGUGCUUGGCAGCACUGUCAAUGUGGUCCCCGUGGCCGCCAUAACUGGCCGGGCUACAAUCACACAGAACAAGCCGUCUUCCCCCGCGAGCCGCAUACUGGAGCACUACACGCGCAACGGCCGGGAGGCGCCCGCGGCCGCGGCGCCCGCGCACCACUACAAGCGCAAGACUGACGAGGGGACAGAGACAGUAGACGUAAAGAAAUCCCGUCUUAUCAGAUUCGCAUCACCGCAACCAGCCGCCAAAGAAGUUACACAAACAAAAACAGUGUUCGCAAGACUUGGGCAGACCGAUGAAGCAGCGCCAAGGCUCAAACUCGUCAAACCCACUGCUGAAGCCCCUAAGGAUGUCAAACCCAUCUUCGCUCGCCUCGGAUCCAAAGCCGACUCUGAACCAAUUUUGCCUGUACAAAAAGAUGCUUUGAAAUAUGAGGGUAUACUGAAAAGCCCACCCACUGCGAAAACUGUAACUAUCACUACCUCUAAGAAUAGCGUUCGGAGAAUAGCUUGCACUAUGAGAGCCGAUGAGCAGCCAAUAAGCGUCAAAGAAAAACUAGCUGUACCAAAAUCUAAAUCAGUGAAGUUCUCAAAUCAUGUGGAAUAUAAAGAAAUAGAAGCGGUACAGAAUGCACAAGCUAGAGUAGUGCAGAAAACUCAGCCGAAGCAGACAGUUUUCAACAAACCGGAGAGGCGGUUGUCAAUGCCCGUAGUUGACAAUAGUGUCAAGGCCCGCUUGGGUAUGAAGAACGUCGCCAACCAGGAUCCAGUCAAGAAUAAUAACAUUAUGAUAACUAAGAAUGUGUUUAAGAGGUUAGGUGUGUAGUGCAGUGAAUAUUGAAAUUGGUGCUUAACAGUUAUUUUGAUUGAAGUGUAAGUUUGGUUGGUAGAUUGCGGAUGAAAACCUGCAGUGUAAGAUUCUCGUAUGUUCUGUUUUCGGUGAAAGCAGCACAUGAUACAAUUACAUGCAAAUGCUUGGUGAUUCGGCCUUGCCGUCAUCGGCUUUCCGUGCGGUUCAUUUCAGUUUUCCUCUGAACCUUUAUAAGAACGCGAACGUUUUGAGAACUUUAUUGUAACCUAAAAAAACCGGUUUAUACGACAAGCGACGAAACGGACAACCGGCCUGGUGGUGUGCCUCGUAAACAUAGACACCGACAUUGAAAGAAACCGGUUUUUAUUGCUCUAAACCGGUUAAUUUGAUAAUAACUGAAAAACCGGUUUAAAAGUAACGGUUUUUCGAGUGAAACCGAAAUUAAAAGGUUUUGCGCCAAGUACAUGAUAACGGUUUGGAAAUUUAACCGGUUUCCCAGCCUUGGCUGUGAAGAGGAAUGGAAUUACUAAACUACCCUGACUAGAAAUCGUGUUUUAGGUAUCAGGGAAAUUUCUGUAAAUCCUGUAUUUCUAUUUGUCCUCGCCCCACGUGACCUUCGCCACACAUGAGCCGGGGACAUAUGGGAAUGAUUAAUAUGAAUGGUUGAUAUCAAUGAUAAUACACGAAAUCAAGUCUUUAGCACUGAAAGUGUAAUAUUUCUAUCAAUUGACCAAAAAUAGAGCUCCGUUAAUAUUGUACAAUCUCAAUAUUCUCAAUCUGUACAGGGUAUUUAUUUAAUCACCUGCAAUGAUUUACGGGGUGAAUAUAUAGGUCAUACUGAGCAACUUUUACUAUGGAACCAACCACACGAAAUCGAGAAAAAAAAUACAGUUUCAUACAUUUUGGCUGUCUGACUCUGACCUUGACAUUUUGUAUGGGAGAGAAAAAAAAAAAUUUCCCGUUUUAUUGGUUGAGUCCAUAGUAAAAGUUGCUCAGUAUGACCUAUAUAUUUACCCUAUAAAUCAUUGCAGGUGACUAAAUUGAGAGUGUCUCCUUUUAGAUAGCACAAUAUUAAAGCACUUUUUUAGUUCAAUAGGUACGAAAACCAAUUUCAAUUUUAAACUGGUCAGAUUAGACGUCGAAAUUGUACCGUCUAGAUUUUUAUUAAUUAAUUGAUUUACGUAAGUUACGUAUAAUUAUUGUCUAGGAUAAAUCUCCUAGUCUUUGUGAUAAAAUAAGUUAGUCUAUGUUUUGCAUUUGUGGAAAAUUGUUUUUUUUUUUUUUUUAAUUUAGUGUAUUACUAUAGUUUAAGGUUUAGUUUCUAUUAACAAUAAUGAGAUCGUAACUUAUUUUCUUCUCCCAUGUUUUUCUUAUCUAAUAUUUUUCUUUUCUUUAUAGGUAUGUACAAUUUGAAUCUCUUUAUAAAAAAUAUUGUAUCGAUAUUUAAAGUUACAUACAAAGGGACAAAAAUAUGUACACACUACUUUAAUAUAUAGGCAAUAAGGUCGUAUAUACAUAUUUUUGGCACUUUGUCCGUAUCGAUUUGUAAUACCUUGAAUGUACACCUAAAACAUUGUGUCUAUAUUUGAUAGAAUUAGGAAUUUCAGAAAAAAAGUUUGUUUUAUUGUUACCGAUAACGAUAGGAGAUAUUUGUUCCGAAUAUUGCUUUCUAUUUGUAAACCAUGUUUGUAUGUGGCUUUCCAUAGUGAAGGGUCCUUUUUCAUGUGCACCCUUCUCUAAUGGAAAGCCACACAUCUGUAUAUAGAUUCCAUAAACCGAGGUAUGUAUUAAAGUUCACUUGAGUUUUAUAUGUUUGCUAAAGUUCUUUAAUAUAUUGUGGGUAAUAAUAAUGCACCCUUAAUAUUUCAGCUACUUUCUCAGUUUAUAACAGCUCUGGUUAGGUUAGUUUUUCGUUAUAACAAAUGUAAAAAUAUCAGCAGAUGAGAUGAAUGAAAAGUUGUGAGUUGUAAGUUCUGAAUGCAUAAGUUUUAUGAUAUCAGUGCUGUUCAACGUGUUCACGACGAACGAGAAAGAUUUUAAUUUUACCGUAUGUUCCUGAUCAAUUGAUCAUAUUUAAAAACUAAAUGUCCUAUAAACUUUUCUGGAAAUCGCCCAGUUUCAGAGUAAUAUCAAUUUAAAAAAAAAAAUUUUUUUGUUACUUAGUGUAAGUCGCCUUUAUGAUGGCCAUAAAUAUCGUUAAUGACAUAAUGACACAUCAAAAAGUGACAAGUAAUUACAAAACAUAGGUCUUACGAAAAUAAGUAACAAUUCAUUUUAAGUAAUAAUUUUACCGACAACAUUUGCUUUUUAUGUACAUUACAUUAAAAAAUGCAAAAAAUAAGAAAAUAUUUGUUUGUUUGCGAAAUUAAGUUAAUUUUAACUCGUAUUAUAUAUUUCGUUUUUUUGGCCCCAGAAAUGCGCGGUUAAAAUCUUUCGGGUUCCUCGUGAGCACCUUGUACAGUCGCUAUCAGAUAUAUCAGAGCGGCCGAGGUGCUCAGAAAUAUCUCAACACGCACUCUGACGCCUUGACAAUAGAGGCGUGUUCAGAUAUUUGUGAGCGCCUCGGCCGCUUCGAUAUAUCUGAUGGCGACUCUUCUUCUUCCUAGCGUUUUCCCGGCAUAUUGCCACGGCUCAUGGGAGCCUGGGGUCCGCUUGACAACUAAUCUGAUCUAACCUGACUAAUCUGAUGGCGACUAUCACAGAAAUAUCUGAACAAAUUGAACACGGUAUAUUGUUAAACGUCUCGUAUUUAGUCUUCAAGCAAGUCGGAACACAAACCCGGACUUUGUUAGGAAAUUUCAAAAAAUGAAAAGUUAGUUUUUUUUUUAUGGUAGAGGAGGCAAACGAGCAGACGGAUCACCUGAUGGUAAGCGAUUACCGCCGCCCAUGGACACCUGCAACACCAGAGGGGUUGUAAGUGCGUGAACGUGUAGUUGAACGUGGAAUAUUUUUAAACAAGUAAUCAAAUGUUACCUAUCCAUAUUAUUUGUUAGAAAAGUUGUAAAUAUUAACUUGUACAAUGUUAUUGUAAAAGUUUGUGACCAGCUAUCUGCUGCCGUUUAUUUUGAAUUUUACAUUAGUAAGUACUGAAUUGGAAAUGUACAAUGUAAAUGUACAGCUACUAGGUGUAAUGUUUGACAGGAGGUUAGGUGUAAGGUUUACUGAGAGGACAUUUUGUAAAUACCUAGUUUGAUUAUGAAUAAAUUAAUAAAAUGUUA